GGAAAAUCGCAUUGAUAAACAGUCAGUUUACUGUGAGAUAUCAACAAGAUGGAUGCCAAUAAUACAACAGACUGGCGCGAUAACAAAGGUUUACCUGAAUGUAUGAUGUAUAUGCUACAGAAAGAGAUCAUGUGUGACGUCACGUUUAGAGUAGGAGAUGAUAGAACUCCUAUCAAAGCACACAAGUAUAUGCUGUCUAGCCGGAGUGACGUCUUCCAUACCAUGUUUGAAGGGUCUCUACCAGAAAAGGGGGAUAUAACGUUACCCGAUGUUGAUGAAGAUACCUUUCGAGAUAUUUUAAAAUACUUCUAUAGCGAUGACAUCACAAUAACAAAUAACAAUGUGAAAGAGAUGUUGUAUGCUGCUGACAAGUAUAUGUUAGCUGCUGUUAAGAGAGAAUGUGAGACAGUUCUUAAAAAAACGGCACAAUCAGAGCAUGCGACAAAAACAUUACAAACAGCAUACCAAUACCAUCUGUCAGAUCUCCAAAACGAUAGCUUAGACUAUAUAGAGACGAAUACAAAGGCAUGCCUUCUGUCAGAACAUGCGGUAAACCUUUCCAAAGAUUGCUUGGAGAUGGUGUUGAAAUCAGAUUAUUUAGACUGCACUGAAACAGACAUAUGUCAAUUUAUUUUAAAAUGGGGUAAACACCAGUGUGAGCUUGCCAAGUUAGAGCCUUCUGGUGGAAAUAUCAGAGAAGCUCUUGGAAGUGUCCUGUUUCUGGUACGAUUCCCAAAUGUUGAAAUGAAAUUCUUUUCUGAAGCUGUUGCCAGCUCUUGUUUACUGACGAGUGACGAAAUGGUAUCCAUUUAUCAAUCUCAUUUCGGUGUAAAAUCAAAAGCCUUUCCAAGUAGUUUGAGAGCUCCUGUAUUCACACGACAAACCUAUAGCAUCAAUCGAUAUGGACAGAUUACCGGACCAAUGGGAUCGUCGGGAAAUCAGUCUCUCAUUUUUCUUUCAGAUAAAGAUAUUUGGCUCAAAGGAGUUGUAAUUGUUCUUCCUUAUGUUCAACCAGCACAAUAUGGGUACCAACAAAACCAGUUUGCAAUAAGUAUAAGCAUACGAAUAAUGAACGAUUCAAACGAGGAAAAGAUUCACGAAACCAAAAAAACAAUCGUUGGACCAAAUAUUGCCCAAAUUUGGCAGAUGAACUUUACAAAACCAGUUCGUGUCUAUUCCAUGAGAGAUUACAUAAUUGAAAUGGACGACAUUGGACGUCAGACUAAUUAUGGUACAAACUGUAAAGAGUCUGUCACAGACCAGCAAUCUGGAGUGACUAUAAAGUUUAAGAACUCUCAAGUCAGUGGUGCUGGAACUAACAUUAAUCAAGGACAAUUUGUAGGGCUUUCUUUUAGUGUGUAAAGUGAUUUUUGAAAUUUCAAACAACAAUCAACUAUUUAUGUUUAAUUUUUUUUUCUUCAAAUAAUUCAGGAAAAGUAUAAACGUCCCUUUAGUAUUCUUUUAUUCUUAUGCGUAUAAAUUAUAAUGGUUU